GGUGAUGAUGGCCACCCUGGAGCUGACACCAAGUUUAGAUUCCCUAGUGGAUGAAGAUGAGAUCAGCCACACAGUAGUGCAGCAGCUGAACUCAAUAUUUGGAAAUGAUCUCAAGAAUCUGGAGAAGGUCUCUGAGUUGGUUGAAGAGCUGACCAAGACCAGGGAUGAGUUGGAGAAGAGGUUGCGUUUUGCCACUACAGAAGCUCCAGACAAGAUCACAAAAGCAGUGAAGGCAGCUGAAGAGGCUCUGAGCAAAGAGAAAAGUCUUGAAGAGGAGUGUAACAACCUUCAGGAACAAGCCAACGCACACACACAAAAAUAUGACGACCUUCUGAAUGACAUAGGACCAGGAGUUCGACAAGUGAGGGAAUUAGAGCGUGUUAAAUUGUACCAGGAAUUUGUAUCUGCUGUUGAUGAGCAGAGUAAAGAGAUAGAGGCAGCACUUCAUAUUGGUGCUGAGGGUCAGGCUCUGGUGGGGUACUGUCGACUCAUGGACACAACAAAAGCUGUACAAGGCUCUCACUGCUUGAACCUGGUAGCUUUUGUUACCAACACUCUUCUCUACUGGCAUCAAGUCUUCACCCUCAGGUUCACCAGUGAGUUUGAAGGUGUACUGAAGACCAUCAAGUGGCCCUUCACCACUGGCAACGACACUGUGCACCAACCACCAGCCUCCCCUGAGUCCCUCCAGCGACUGUGUACUCUCACCCAGUACUUGUUACAGCUGUCCCUGCCAGAUAAUAUAACAAGUGAGAAUUCCAAGCGACCAGAAUCUCCAGUCGCCUCUCCAGCAAUUGUGACCGACUUUGUAUCUCCAGUACUACCCAUUCACCUCUUGGUCAGACCGCUGGAGGUGAGAUUCUUUUUCCACUUCAGUGGUAAUAAGCCAACAAAUAGUCGGGAAAACCCCGAGUGGUACUUCACUCAAAUCCUAAAGUGGAUCUCUGCCCAUGAGAAUUUCCUCAACUCACGUAUCCAGCCAGUUUUAAAUCGCCUCGGCCAUCAAAACACUUCUGCAAAAGUGGAGUUCAUGAGAGGUCUAGUGCGCCUGGUUGUCAUUAAGUUGGCUGCAGACCUUCCUGAUGUUCAGUUUGAUGAUGACAUCUUCUGCUCCACUGUCCAAGAGACACUUAAUUUUGAGAGAGAGAUGAGUCUGACCUAUGGGUACCCGUCCUCACAGCCCUCUGUUCUCUCUGUCUUGACUCAGGGUCGUAUCUUUGCACGCUGGAUACAUGUUGAGAGAAAGUUUGCUCAGGAGCUGAUGGAUGAGCUGGUGUCAGACGAGGGAGCCUGGGUAGCGGUGGAGGGUGGUGAGGCAGCACACUGUGGAGAGCGCUUGAUCCUGCUCCUCCAGGGCAUCACUGACCGCUACAAGAGACUUCCUCAGCCGGGACACAGGUUACAGUUCCUGGAGCUACAACUCGAGCUUUUGGAUGACUUUCGGGUGCGAGUGUUGCAGGUGAUGAAGAGUGAGAGACAAGACCCUCUCACCUCCCAUUACCCUGCCAUCCUCAACACCGUCCACCACAUCACUGCCACACUACAUGACUGGGCAGACCUUCCUUUCUUUGUGGAAAUGCAGUACUACCAGGAGUGCUUUAGUAAUAUUCAGGAGCAGACAAGUGCAGCAAUAGCUAGUUAUGACAGCACUACUGCGUCCUCUACCUCUCCAGAUGACCCUGGGUCCUUCACCUUUAAUUCCCUUGAUGUCUCUCUCUUAAAUUCAUCCAUAUCCCCUGAGCUACUAGCAAGACAGGAUGCCCUUGAUACCCUAAACGUAAAUGCAGAAGUUCCAACAACGGCUCAACUGACUGAGGUCUUAGGUUCCGUGUUUGAUGGAACUAUGAAACUGUACACACACAUUGAGGGGGAGAUGGUUCGUACACUUGCCAGCUACGUCUUCAGUGAAGUCCGUGCCAGAAGCCAGCCUUACCGGCAGGAUAAGUGGUUCCACACAGUGAACCCAGGAGCCUCAAUGGACUUCACCAAAAUCAAUGAACUCAGCCCAAGUAUCUGUCCUCUAUUAGAAGUGCUUGCCAGACAUCUCCAUGCUCUCAGAGAUGUUCUUGCAGCUCCACUUUUUAUGCAACUGUGGAAGAUUGUAGCAGAUACACUAAAUAAGUAUGUGUACGAGGAAGUCAUACUGCAGACACGGUUCAGUGAUGUCGGUGCAGCUCAGUUUAAGUUUGACAUGACUAGAGGAAUUUUUCCCAUUUUUGGAGCAUUCACACAAAAACCCGAAAACUUCUUCAGAUUGGUGAAGGAGUCGGUGAUUCUUCUGACGCUACCCCAUCCCACUGCAUUCCUCCUGCGUGAUACUAUCCACAUGUGGCAUGACGAUCAGGAUGCCUUUAGCUUGGUUGUGUCCCCGGUGAAAGCAUUAGGUGAACAUGGCGUCACUCUACUAAAACCAAAGGAAGCUGAUACAGUUUUAAACAUUAGAAUAAAUGAACGUGACUGAUGAUGUUAGUAAGUCAAGAGGAUAUAAGAAUUAUCAUGUGAUUGAUGCAAUUUGCUGAAAGUAAGGACAAAAUAUACUGUAUAUUGUGUAAAUUACCAGCUGAGACAACCCUCCUUGCCUUAAGGUCACCAAUGAUAGUAGCAAGAUGGAUAAUACUUGGUUUAUGUUGUGUAAAUACAAGGUUCACAUUCUUAAAAAUGCACUGGGUUGACGGAAGUUAGGCACGAAACAUUCACGUAUUGCAUCGUAGAAAUACAAACUAUCCAAACUAUAAUUUCUUUAGAUUGGGUUAGGUGUAAAAAAAUGCUCGACUGAUUGUGUGACUAGACAUAUGAGCAUAGUAAUAAGAACUUUAGAUCCUCAUUUGUGUAAAUGUUUCUGUACUCUUUGUGUACUGUACAGUAAGUAAAUGAACUUUUUAUUGUAUUACUCUACUUUGCCAACUUACUAAUAAUGUUGUCAAUCCUGAUAUUUCACAGUAAGAUAGAAAAGCAACAUUGUUCACCAUUUUAGGAAUAAAAAAAACAAAAACCUGCA